AUGCGUGCUUACACCCCUAUACGCCGCAGCGGUGAUGGCUAUUUCGCAACAGUCCAUCUCUGUGAUUGGCAUUCACCAACGGAUAUACCCCGCUCGGCAUUGGAGAACAAUCCGAGGUACGCCGGGCGUCAUGUCGUAGCGGUCAAACACUUCAAGCGGCCUUUCACUGCGGGAUACAAUGGUCUCUUACUUCUGCUCGAGGUGCAGGCUCUUUUCGCCCUCGGCAGGCAUCAUAACAUUGUGCAGCUUUAUGAUAUCAUGCUACUGGAACCAUCAGAUGAGCUCAUCAUGGUCUUUGAGCCGAUGGAGGGCAAUCUCUACCAGCUGAUCAAGGCUCGCAAGGGCAGGUUCUUCGCCCAAGGAUUACUUGCUUCCAUCACAUCCCAGGUGCUCGCCGGUUUGCACUACGUACAUCAAACGGGCUUCGUUCAUCGAGAUAUUAAACCUGAAAAUAUAUUAAUCACCACCACGGGCAUGAAGAGGUACGGUGGAGAGCACAGCGAAAGGCCGGACGUGGCUGCCGUAGCCAAAUUAUGCGACUUCGGACACGCCAAGAAGGUCCACCCGGACGUCCCUGAUUCAGAAUACGUAUCGGUACGGUGGUACCGCGCGCCUGAGAUACUAUUACGCAGCCAUAAAGUUACAGCAGCGGUUGACAUGUGGUCUCUCGGUGCUGUGCUCGCGGAAUUAGCCACGUUACAACCACUCUUCCCGGGGACUGACGAGAUCGACCAGCUUCACCGGAUAGUCGACAUUCUCGGCGACCCAGUGGAACGAUACGGGCUAGAUAAUCAUGGCAGACCUCACGGUGGCAGACAGUGGCCAAGAGGCGUCGAGAUGGCUCGCCAGCUGGGCUUCAGUUUUCCUUUGAACAACCUGAUGUCCUUGCUCACCACUUCGAUGCAUCCAUGCCGAGCUCGUUGAUCGCUUGCAUCGCCGAUCUGCUCAAGUGGGACCCGGAUGCUAGACUUACCAGCAGACAAAUGCAAGAUCACCCCUACCUACUGAAGACAUUGGAAUGAUCCUGGGAACUGUCGCCGUUAUGCUUUUACCAAGGCGAUGCGUGACGUUU